AUGGUAUACCUCGCUCAGUGUUAAAAGAUUGGCGCAAAGUAAAGAAGCUGAAACAAACAGGAGAGUCCUUUUUGCAGGAUGAUUCUUGCUCUGAAAUAGGACCAAAUUUACAAAAAUGCAGAGAAUGUAGGUUAAUAAGAAGUAAGAAAGGAGAAGAACCAACUCACUCACCAGUAUUUUGUAGAUUUUACUACUUUCGGCGGUUAUCUUUUAGUAAGAAUGGAGUAGUUAGAAUAGAUGGUUUCUCAUCUCCUGAUCAAUAUGAUGAUGAAGCACUGAGUUUAUGGACACAUGAAAACUAUGAAGAUGAUGAACUGGACCUAGAAACUUCUAAAUACAUUCUAGAUAUCAUAGGUGAUAAAUUUUGUCAGUUAGUAACAUCUGAGAAAACAGCCAUGUCCUGGGUGAAAAAAGAUGCCAAAAUUGCAUGGAAGAGAGCAGUGAGAGGAGUCCGUGAGAUGUGUGAUGCAUGCGAAGCCACAUUAUUUAACAUUCAUUGGGUCUGCCAAAAAUGUGGAUUUGUGGUCUGCCUAGAUUGUUACAAGGCAAAGGAAAGAAAAAGUUCUAGAGAUAAGGAGUUAUAUGCCUGGAUGAAGUGUGUGAAGGGACAGCCUCAUGAUCACAAACACCUGAUGCCGACACAGAUUAUUCCAGGCUCUGUUUUGACAGAUCUUUUAGAUGCUAUGCACAAUAUUAGAGAAAAAUUUGAAAUUAAAUCCCAUUGUCAGUGUACCAGCAAGCAGAGCACACAAGCUGGCAAGCUCCCUGCAAUGAAUGGCGUGACUCAGGUUUUGCAGAAUGUCCUUAACCACAGUAAUAAAAUUUCUCUGUGCAUGCCUGAGUCUCAACAGCAGAGUAGUCCUCAAAAGUCUGAGACAAAUGGUAAUGCAAGUCCAAGGAGUGAUGUAAGCACAGACAGCAAGUUAUCACCACCUGAAUCCCAGUCACCACUGCAUUGGUUAGCUGACCUUGCUGAGCAGAAAGCCAGAGAGGAAAAGAAAGAGAACAAAGAAUGUCCUUCUGGAAAACACUCAAAGGAAGAGAAAGACCAGGAUAAUUUGGAGUCCCAAAACUGUAAGAGCUGCCCUCCUGCAUCCCAGAACAAUGAGCAGGGCUCAACCUUACGAGAUUUAUUAACUACAACAGCAGGCAAACUGCGUCUGGGUUCUACAGAUGCUGGCAUUGCUUUUGCUCCGGUUUACUCUACAGGAACAGCAAGUGGCAAGAGUGGAAGGACUAUGCCAAACAUUCUUGAUGACAUAAUUGCUUCAGUAGUAGAAAACAAGAUUCCACCAAAUAGAGCACCAAAGAUAAAUGUAAAAUCUGAAAUAAAAGAUGAGCCAAAGGAGGAUAGAAGAUGCAUUCCGGAUGACUGCGGUAAACUGUACAGCGAUAUUCAGUAUUCGUGGAUCUGUGAUAAGCAUGUUCUGUGGCUCAGAGACCAUAAGAACAACAACAACUGGAAGCUCUUCAAAGAGUGCUGGAGACAAGGACGGCCUGUUUUAGUAUCUGGUAUGCAUAAGAAAAUGAACUUCAGCCUGUGGAAAGCUGAGUCAAUUAGUUUAGAUUUUGGAAACCAACAAGCUGAUAUCUUGAAUUGCAAAGACAGUAUUAUUUCAAACGCCAAUGUCAAGGAGUUCUGGGAUGGUUUUGAAGAUGUUUCAAAACGACAGAAAAUAAAAAAUGGGGAAACAGCUCUACUAAAACUGAAAGAUUGGCCUUCUGGUGAAGAUUUCAAGGCUAUGAUGCCAGCAAGAUAUGAGGAUUUAUUAAAAAGUUUACCCUUGCCAGAAUAUUGUAGUCCAGAAGGAAAACUAAACUUGGCUUCUCAUCUGCCAGGAUUUUUUGUCCGUCCAGAUUUGGGACCUAGACUGUGCAGUGCAUAUGGUGUGGCUGCUACUAAAGACCAUGAUAUAGGAACCACAAACCUCCAUAUUGAAGUUUCUGAUGUUGUGAACAUCCUUGUUUAUGUUGGCAUAGCGAAAGGAAAUGGAGUACUUUCCAAGUCAGGCGUUUUGAAGAAGUUUGAGGAGGAAGAUUUGGAUGACCUUUUAAGGAAGAGGUUGAAAGAUUCAAGUGAAUUACCUGGUGCUUUAUGGCACAUUUAUGCUGGCAAAGAUGCUGACAAGAUAAGGGAGUUUUUGCAAAAGAUAGCAAAAGAGCAAGGCUUAGAAGUUUUACCAGAGCAUGAUCCAAUACGUGAUCAGAGUUGGUAUGUGAACAAAAAACUUCGCCAAAGACUUCUUGAAGAAUAUGGAGUAAAAACCUGUACAGUUAUUCAGUUUCUUGGUGAUGCUAUUAUUCUGCCAGCAGGAGCACUUCAUCAGGUGCAAAAUUUUCACAGCUGCGUUCAAGUAACUGAAGACUUUGUGUCUCCAGAACAUCUUGUACAGUCAUUUCACUUAACGCAGGAGCUGAGGCUGUCAAAGGAAGAAAUCAAUUAUGAUGAUAAACUGCAGGUUAAAAAUAUCUUGUAUCAUGCAGUUAAAGAAAUGGUGAGAGCUUUGAAGAUUCAUGAAGGUGAAAUAGAAGAUACGGAUGAAAACUAACUCUGCUUUUUUGUGUUAACAUCAAACGGAGGUUAUUUUUACUAAUAUAUGACCAGUAUGCACACUAAUUUAAGCUUCACAAACCAUCAGUGCCAAGAAAACAUAGUCGUCAUAUUUACUUGUUAAUGACACUGUAAUGGUAGAGCUUCAUAUCACAGCCACUGUGAUUCCAUGUUAGACUUGCAAACGAUUAAGCAGCAUUCUGCUGUCCUGUAUUAUAAUGUACAUGAAGUUUGUGAAAUGUCAAAGAUUUAAGAUGAUGUAUUUAUUUUUGGAAAAAAACACAAAAUUCUAUGCUAUAUUGUUGAUCAAAUGUAAAUGUGACUUGUACAGUUUGCUAAAAUAAUUCAGAUAUUUUUCACUGCAUUGAGACAGUUACUGUGAGAGUAGGACACAAACACCAGCUAUUGUCUGCAUUUGGGAUCUUGCUGAGUCCGCACAGCAGUCAUGUCAUAAUCUGAAAAUUGCUGCCAAAUAAUUGUAAACUUUGUAAAAUAUAAAGUAUAUAAAGUAGAUACUAAAUACAGACACUUCAGUAUUUUAUUGAAGCUAUUCAGUGUACAAUUAAACAUUUUCAAAAGCUGUAAUUUAUUUAAAAAUUGUCUCAUUUUGGUAAAAUUUAUGUGAACUUUUAAAGCUAAAUAUUAAACUUAAUAUGCUAUGUAAAUAUAUACAUAUAUACAUUCAAUGAUGUAUUUUUUUAAAACAUUGGCUUGCUUUAAUUUGUUAAAAGUGCAAGUGUUACACAUGCUUUGUACAUUGAAGUUGAAAAGGGUUUUACAUUUUCCAUUAAAAUGACUUUAUCAAAU